GAGCAGUACACAACGUAAAGAAAUAGCUACCUACAAACGAAUAGAUGGAUAGGUACAUUUGGCAGUUUGGUCAUGGUGCCAUCCCAAAGCACAGACAGAGCACAUGAACAUGUGCCCCCAUCCAUCCAUCCAUCCAUCCAUUUGCCUUUGCCCUUCCCCCCUUUCCUUUUCAAUAAUAGACUCAGCCAAGAUAAUGAGAGACAACGAAACUUUGGUUCAUCUCCCUAUCUUCCUCUCUUCCUCUCUCUCUCUCUCUCUCUCUCUCUCUCUCUCUCUCUCUCUCUCUCUGUGUGUGUGUGUGUGUGUGUGUGUGUGUGUGUGUGUGUGUGUGUGUGUGUGUGUGUGUGUGUGUGUGUGUGUGUGUGUGUGUGUGUGUGUGUGUGUGUGUGUGUGUGUGUGUGUGUGUGUGUGUGUGUGUGUGUGUGUGAGUGUCCGCAAACGUCAGUCUGAUGAACCGUGAGUCGCUGUAACAAAAGGAAGAACCGAUCAAUUGCACGCCGUGCAAUCCGAUGAUACAACACAACACAGCUCCUCCGUGCCCAAUGUCCACAACCCAUCCAUCCUCCCUGCUUGCCUGCUGUGGACGGUGGACAGCCAGUGUGGGUGACGGUGGUGCCUGUGGGCUUUGGGGAGUGGGUUCUCUUGCUGCAAUCCCUGGCCGGUCUCAUUAAACUUAGCGCAGCCAAUUCUACUUCUGACCCUUUUGGGCAAUCUACCGCCUACACGAACCCCCCGUCCACUCUCCUGCCCUUCCCACUGUCCACCAGACGCCCUCUCUCUCCUUGGAGUCCUUGCUCUUCUGUCCUGGCGUUGCUACCCUUACCUCACCUUUGGCUACCUUACUCCUCCUCACUCCGCUUUCCUGCCUUCGCUCACGUCUUUAUUUUAUUUUUUAUCUUUUUUUUUCCCUCAUCCUCCUCCUCCGUCUACCUACGCGUGUUCCUCUCAUUCUCUCACCUUCUCACCCUCGCUUCCUCGAGCUUUCUAGCCUUCCUUCCUUCUUCCCUCCUUCUCUUACUGGCCCUACCCUGCUCCUAUUCUUGUUACCUAACCUUGCUUCUCUCUCCCUCCUAUUCGUCUUCUCCACAUCCGACUCUAACCCCUUCUCAACCGCACCUCUUCUUCUUCUUCUUCUUCUUCUACUCCCUUUUCUCCUCUUCACCUACGCUAUCUUCCCCCUCGUACCUACAUCUUCUUCCUCCUCUCCGCCCGCCCUCAUCCUUAUUCUUCAUCUUCUAUUCUUUACCCUUGCAGUCAAUCCGCUUGUCGCUGCUGCCGACUACACCUGGCCUAUGCGAUCGUUACCGUCGUUGCCGUAUUGAACCAUACUUCAAAUUGGCUUGCACAUUCCUUGCCUGUAUAUCCUUCGUCUAUAAUUCUUUGACCAUCUUCUGGUCUACCUGCAAGGAGUGAUCCGUCUCACCGCCGAUCUCAAUACCGAAUCGAUCCGAAUCCCCGACGCUCGCUCGCCGAACGGUAGCUCAAUAUCAACUUCGACAACAUACUGCAACAACUGGCUGCUUUUGUUGUUCGCGCUACACAGAUCCCGACAACACGGUCACCUUACGCUGUUGCUGUGAAGAGAUCUGUUGGGGUUUUUUUUUUUUUUUUGGACAGCAAUUGCCCCUUCGACUAUCUAAUUCGCAUUGCUCAACAUUGGCUGGAGGCCCCUUCGCCACCAGGUUCUUUGGGCUCAGCGAUAACUGGCUUCGUCUUCAAAGCUGUCAAAAUCGGUAUUGCUCCGCUCGUGUCUUAGACUUUGGCACCGUCCCUUGGUCAGAUUUGAGACCCAUCCAAUAACACGUUGAACCUACGGUGCUCAUAGAGUCCCGUGGCAUUCCAACGCGCCCAUCUCCGAUUCUUCGUGCCUGCUCGGGGCACGUCUAAUCCUUCAAAACGGCGGUUCUAUCUCAAGUCGGUCGGGACAACCUUGUCCCUCCGCAUCUACUCGGGAUGCAGGAAAUCCAAGGACCCGUCGGCCAGGGCGGCUCCAGUGCUCCUGGAAACCGUUUCGGCCAUGCUUCCAAGCCCUCGAACAGCGAAACUGGUUUCUCUCACGGAGCCUUCACUUCCAACAUCUCUGGUUUUGCCGACAGGCACCCUCGCCGCGGAAACAUCCCAACCAUCAACACUCAGCCCCUGAACCAGCACCAGCACCAGCUCCAGCUCCAGCAGGCUCCUCCUUCCGCCGCCGACAUGGCCACCCCUGGCACCGCCUUCGACAUGCAGUUCACUCCUCUACUUCCCUCCCAGCUGCUUCUCGGGAGCCCCUUCCAGCCUGGAACCCCCGCCGCCUUUGCUAGCCCCCAGUUCCAAAACCUCCAGAGCUUCCAGCAGGCCCAGCAGCAGAGCCAGCAGCAGCACCACCAGAACGGCAUGCAGAGCCCUAUCCAGCAGAACAUGUCUCCCCAGCAGUACCAGGCAAUGGUCUCUCCAUCGACCUAUGGCGCUCCCCAGUUCUUCCAGCCACAGUCCCCCACCGGCGGCAGCUUUAACAACAUGCAGAUCCCCAUGCAGCCCAGCUCGCCCGUAUCCAUGGGCCCGGGAAUGGUCACUGGUACCAGCCGCACCGUCUACCUCGGCAACAUCCCUCCUGACACGUCGGCCGAGGAGAUCUUGGGUCAUGUUCGCAGCGGACAAAUCGAGUCGGUUCGUCUUCUUCCUGACAAGAACUGCGCUUUCAUCUCGUUCCUCGACGCCAGCUCGGCUACCCACUUCCACUCUGAUGCCAUCUUGAAAAAGCUCUGCAUCAAGGGUCAGGAUAUCAAGGUCGGCUGGGGCAAGCCUAGCCAGGUUCCCACCUCGGUGGCGUUGGCAGUCCAGCAGUCCGGUGCUUCUCGCAACGUGUACUUGGGCAACCUGUCGGAGGACAUUACUGAGGAGGAGCUCCGCGAGGACCUUGGAAAGUUCGGUGCCAUUGACACGGUCAAGAUUGUCCGCGAGAAGAGCAUUGCCUUCAUUCACUUCCUGUCCAUCGCCAAUGCGAUCAAGGCAGUUUCUCAACUUCCCCAGGAACCCAAGUGGCAGGCCCCCCGUCGUGUUUACUAUGGCAAGGAUCGAUGCGCCUACGUUUCGAAGACGCAACAGCAGAACGCCGCUCAAUACCUCGGUAUUGCGCCUGGCUAUGCGCACAUGCUCACUGGUGCAGACCGUGAUGUCAUCUCCAACGCUCUGGCUCAGCAGUCCGUUGCCGCGGCCGCCGUUGCGACCACCGCCGGUGGCAUCAACAACCUCGGAAACCGUACUAUCUACCUGGGAAAUAUUCACCCAGAGACGACGAUUGAGGAGAUUUGCAACGUCGUCCGUGGUGGUCUUCUUCACCAUAUCCGUUACAUCCCUGACAAGCAUAUCUGCUUCGUCACCUUCAUUGACCCCACGGCCGCCGCGUCCUUUUAUGCCCUGAGCAACUUGCAAGGCUUGAUGAUCCAUAACCGCAGACUGAAGAUUGGCUGGGGCAAGCACUCUGGUGCACUCCCGCCUGCCAUCGCCCUUGCUGUCAGCGGAGGAGCUUCUCGCAAUGUUUACAUCGGCAACUUGGAUGAGACGUGGACUGAAGAGCGACUGAGACAGGACUUCUCCGAGUACGGCGAAAUCGAGCUGGUAAACACCUUGAGGGAGAAGAGCUGCGCGUUCGUCAACUUCACCAACAUUGCCAACGCCAUCAAGGCUAUCGAGGCUGUGCGAAGCAAGGACGAGUACAAGAAGUUUAAGGUCAAUUUCGGCAAGGACCGCUGUGGAAACGCGCCCCGUCAGCUCCAGCAGCAGGCACAAUCUCCCCGCACCGAUGGUGUUUCGUCGCCGCCCCCCAACGGCUCGCAGAAUUCGGGCUCACCCACCAACGGCAACACGCCCCAGCAGUCGGCGACGAUGUUCAACUCGAACAACCACCCCUUGACGAUGUAUUUGAACCACGUCUCCCAGCAGGCUCAGCAUCAGCAGCACCAUCAGCACCAGCAGCUUGCUGUUCAGCAACAGGCCUUGUUCGGCACUGCGCAGUCGUCGCCUAGCGAGCUGUCCAUCGACAUGCAGUCACAGGGACCUAUCUCGGGCCAUCAGCAAUCGGCCAGCAUCUCGAACGGGUACCCCCAAAGCGCGUCCGGCCCCGGUCCCACCACCAUUGGCGGUCUCCUGGCUCCUGGCAACGGCCGUGGCCAGCACAACCGCGCAGUCAGCCUGCCUGCCCUGAACCCUGGUUUUGACAACGGCGGUGCUCCCCCGGGCCACGAGGGAGAGCGCCGCGGUCACCAGUACCAGGCGAGCUUCGGCGGUAUGGGUGCUGGCUACGGCCUGGCCAUUCAGGGUGGCUUGAACCAGUGGGUCGAGGAAGAGGUUGCCAACUGAGGCAGCGGACAGUUUGCUCCCCCCGGCAUAUGAUGCAAAAGGAACAUAGGGGAAAGAUUGGUUAAUCGUUGUAAUUGCAUCUUACGUCUUUACACUUCUUCCUUUUGAUUCUUGCUUCUACUUUCAUCUUUUUUUUGUUCUUGUCAUCUAUAAUUUUAUCGCCGGUUUGGCAGUGUGGUCUAGGGCUGUUUUCCCAACCCCAGAUCACGGGCGAGGAAACCACCACACAAAAUUUGGCACACCCCCUUUCGUGCAUAUGAUUGUGGUCGAACAUAGCAGAUACCAGAGCAUGGUCGGCCUGGAACACGGCACUCACGAUCUGUCGCCAACGUGGAAUGGAAAUGAGGGGUGUAGGCACAGGCACAGGCACAGCCUAA